AUGGCAAAGAAAGAUAAAAAAUCCAAGACUGCAGAGCAGAAAGCUCGUGUGGCCGCAAAACAGUCUAAGAAAGCGGCUCAGAAAGAGAAGAAAAUCAGAGCAAAGGGACAGGCUGAUGACAGUGAUGCUGAAGACAUCGAUCUGGACGCCGUGUUGGCGGCAUAUGCAAAAGAGCAAGCCAAGUUCUUGAAGGUCACUGAGGUCCCCAGUGGGCCACCAACCCCACGGUCUUCCUCCGCCCUAAUUGCAUCUCCAGCAGGUCGAAAUGAGCUCUUCCUCUUCGGGGGUGAACAUUUUGAUGGCACUCUGGCUACUUUCUACAACAAUCUUUACGUGUAUCAAGUUGACAAGCAUGAGUGGCGAGAGGUCACUAGCCCGAAUAGCCCUCUUCCUAGGAGUGGACAUGCCUGGUGCCGUGGAGGAAAUUCAGGAGGAAUUUAUUUGUUUGGAGGUAAUGCGCAAACUCGAAAGCGUGCUUCUAAAUAUAUAGGAGAAUUUUCUUCGCCGAAACAAGGGACUUUUUAUCAUUAUAAUGAUUUCUGGUGCCUUGAUCCGUCAACCAGAGAAUGGAGCAGAAUUGAGACAAAAGGAAAAGGCCCACCCGCGAGGAGUGGACAUAGAAUGACAUACUUUAAGAACUACAUAAUACUUUUUGGAGGCUUCCAGGACACAUCCCAGCAGACAAAGUACCUCCAGGACUUAUGGAUAUAUGACUGCCAAAAUUAUCUAUGGCACAAUGUGGUUUUUCCCCCGGCGUCGCAAAAGCCAGACGCUAGAUCGUCGUUUUCAUUUCUUCCGCACGAAUCCGGUGCUGUUUUAUACGGAGGAUAUUCUCGAGUAAAGACGAACACUGCAGUCAACAAGCAACAGAAAGGUGGAGCACAGCGUACGAUUCUCAAGCCAGUCGUUCACCAAGAUACCUGGUUCUUGCGAAUCACCCCGCCUCCUCCCGACGCUCCUGCAACUUCAGUUCCUACAAUUCGGUGGGAGCGACGGAAGAAACCUGCUAAUCCAGCAAACCCACCGCGGGCGGGUGCAACCAUGGCGUUCCACAAGGGACGAGGGAUUAUGUUUGGUGGUGUCCACGAUGUCGAAACGAGCGAAGAGGGCAUUGAGAGUGAAUUCUUCGAUGAUCUCUACGCAUGGAACACAGAUCGAAACCGGUUUUUCCAGAUGUCUCUUCGCCGCCCUCGAGGGCCUGGAAAGAAGCAGCAGUCUGCUAUGCAGGCUCUGAAACGGAACCGGGGCAAAGCCGAUGAAGAGGAGUUAAUGCGUAACCUAGCCCUCCUUGAAGCCAAGGUUAACACAAAUAAGAUAAAAUCCGAGGCGAUGGAUAUCGAUUUACUACAAAAAGAGGAAGAAGAGAUUGAUGAGAAGCGUGACUUGCCAGUUCGCUUCGAGAUGCCGCAUCGGCGGUUCAACUCCCAGCUUGCGGUUCUAGAUGAUACACUGUUUAUCUUUAGCGGGACUUUUGAGCGGGGAGAUCACGAAUUUACUUUUAAUGAUAUGUACUCCAUUGAUUUAGUAAAGCUUGACGGAGUGAAGGAAUUGUUCUACAACGAGCCCGAACAUUGGAAUGACGCGAUGGAAAUUGAGAGUGAUGAAGAGGAUGAGGAGGAUGAGGAAGCAGAGGAAGGUGAAGGCGGCAAUGAAGAUGAAGAUAUGGAGUUCGUCGAGGUUGCAUCGACUGCGACAACAAGUGUAACGGAGCUCGUGCAGACGGAAACAGAAAUCGAGCAGGAAAUAGAAACUCCUGUCCAGGAUUCUAGGCCGCAUCCCCGACCUUUCGAGUCUCUGAGGGAUUUCUUCGCCAGGACAUCGACAGAUUGGCAGGAUAUGUUGAUGUCAAAGAUGAAAGUGGAACAGGCUGGGUCAGAGAUGUCUGUUAAAGAGCUGAGAAAAGAAGCGUUCACCCUAGCUGAAGAGAAGUGGUGGGAUUGCAGAGAGGAAAUUACGGCACUGGAGGAUGAGCAAGAAGAGGCUGGUAUUGGUGAGGUUGUUAGUAUUGCCGAUAGAAACGAUGCCCCAUCUGCAGGUCGUCGAAGAUAG